AUGGCAUCUGCUCACUCCCUCGCCGCCGCCGUUUCUGUUCUCGUUGCGCCCUCCAAACUCCCUUCUUCUUCUACUCUGCACUCUCUUUCUUGUCUUCGAUCUAAACCUUGGGAGCUCUCCCUUGGCAGUGUCGUCGUCUCCCUCAAAGGUGUGGCAGCAAGAGCGCAGGGGGAAGUAAGUCCAGUGGGAGGUGAUGCAUUCAGUAAUGUGAAGCAUCUUCUUCUCCCAGUGAUUGAUCGGAAUCCUUAUCUUUCUGAAGGCACCCGACAGGCUGCUGCUACAACAACUAGUUUGGCAAACAAGUAUGGAGCUGAUAUCACAGUUGUAGUAAUUGACGAAGAAAAAAGAGAGUCAUCUUCGGAGCACGAGACUCAAGUAUCUAGCAUCCGGUGGCAUCUAUCUCAAGGUGGGUUCGAGGAGUUCAAGCUGUUGGAGAGGCUUGGGGAAGGGAAAAAGGCGACGGCCAUAAUAGGAGAGGUGGCAGAUGAGCUCAAGAUGGAGCUGGUGGUUCUUAGUAUGGAAGCCAUCCACUCCAAGUACAUCGACGCCAAUCUUCUUGCUGAAUUCAUCCCCUGCUCUGUCCUCCUUUUGCCUUUGUGAUUUGCCGCCUAUAUAUUUUAUUAUACUCCAGUCCAAUCCAAUGAAUUAUAUAUAUAUACCACUUCUUCUUCUU